CCAAUGCAACAGGAUAUGCAGGUACAAUAUCAUUUUAUUUUAAUGUACCCAAUGUACCAGAAGAUAGAGAUUCUAGAUUUGGACUUCAAGUUAGUUUUCAUGAACCUGGAACUAUACCAAAAGUAUUUGCUGAAACUAAUUUUGCAAUAUCAGGUGUUGAUAAUUAUUUUGUUUUAACAAAAAUAGUAACUGAAACAUUAAAACCAACUAUAGAAAAUCCAGAUUUAAUUGAUACAAGAUGGGAUUCUUUAUUAUCAAUUGUUGAAUUAACUCAAUCAGAUGAAAAUUUAGUUGUAAUUUCAAUUGCUUAUUCUUCUUUAAAUGAAAAUAAGAUUACUGAACUUUUAACUUCUUCAAUGGAAGGUUUAUUAGGUCAAAUUGCUGGUAUUAUUGGUAUUUUUAUGGGAUUGGAUGUAUUAAAAAUGUUAAGAGGAGCAUUAGAAGUACCAUAUGCAAUUAAAAAGAAAUCUUUUAGAGGUUUAUGGGAUAAUUUCAAUUAA